GAAGGUUGGCCGCCAGCGCCACAGGUGGGUCCCGUCUCUGGGCGGCAGCGGGAGGGCCGGGGGUGGGAGGCUUCACCGCACGGAGAGUGAAGGAGACAGCCUCUCAGGACUGGGUACCCGACCCCGAGCGUUUCGCAGUUGACUCCAAAGUGCGCUGAACUGGCUAGGAGCAAAGGCUCCGAGUUAAGGACUGUCGACCUGGGGAUGAUUCAUGCUUUGUAAGGACCCGACGACUCCAGACUGAGAAGGCACUUCAUUGCAGGGGCUGACGCUUCACUUUGAGAAGAGGGCGUUCAGGACGCCCUCUUAAGGCUCCCCCCAACCCAUGGCGCUACCCACCUCCUCACAGACCCAGGCAUGGAGCUUGGAGCCUCCUGCUCCCAUGGCCGCUGCUUCCUCAGCUGCGGGACCCCAGGAAUCGGAGGGCACCGGGAGCCCGGUCCCCGGGGGGCUUCCCCUGGAGAAGGUGAAGCGGCCCAUGAACGCGUUCAUGGUGUGGAGCUCCGCUCAGCGCCGCCAGAUGGCGCAGCAGAACCCCAAGAUGCACAACUCUGAGAUCUCCAAGCGCCUGGGCGCGCAGUGGAAGCUGCUAGGCGAGGAUGAGAAGCGGCCCUUCGUGGAGGAGGCCAAGCGUCUCCGCGCCCGGCACCUGCGCGACUACCCUGACUACAAGUACCGGCCUCGGCGCAAGACCAAGAGCUCGGGCGCCGGACCUCCCCACAGCAGCCAGGGAAAAGGCAGACUGGGCGGCGGCGGCCCGCUCUGGGGGCCAGGGUACGCGACCACCCAGGGGAGUAGAGGCUUUGGGUACCAGCCCCCCAACUACUCAAGAGCCUAUCUGCCCAGCAGCUACAGCUCUUCCCACUGUAAACCGGACGCCCCCUCGCUGUGUCCCCUCCCUCACAGUGACCCUAGGCUCCAGGGGGAGCUGCUUCCCCCAUACAGCCCCUACCUACCCCUAGCUUCCCCCACUCCAUACAGCUCUCCCCUCUCUGGCACCCCCAUGCCUCUAGCCCACCUCUAACCUUCAUGGACAUGGAACUCCCAGUAAAGGCCUCAUUCUCCUUUUACCCAGUACCAGCCCCUAGCCCCACCCCUGGCUGUAAACCCUGUCCUGUGUUGGGCCAC